AUGUUUUCUCCCGUGACAGAGGCCGAGACGCGUCAGAAACUGCUGCGCAAUGUAAAGAAAGAGGUGAAACAAAUUAUGGAGGAGGCAGUAACGAGGAAAUUUGUGCACGCAGACAGCAGCCACAUCAUAUCCUUCUGUGCUGUAGUGGAGGCCUGCAUGCUACACGGACUGAAGCGUCGUAUUGCAGGUCUGCUGUGCAGUAACAAGGUUGCAGCACUCUUUAUGAAGGCGGCAAAAACCUUUUCGCCUGCUGAGGAACUCUGCCACAAGGUCCAGGAACUGGAGCAGCUUAUCGAAAACAGCAAGCAGAACAAUUCUUCACUGAGUAAUGACCGCAGUCUGCAAUCCAAGUUGGCCAACCUCCCUCCUCAGGCACUAAAACACCUGUGGAUCCGGACUGCACUGAUGGAGAAGCUCCUGGACAAGAUUGUCCUGUACUUAGUAGAGAACAGCAGUGCCUUCUAUGAGAAAGAGGCCAUGCUGAUGGAUCCUGUGGAUGGACCAAUUCUUGCAUCUCUAUUGGUUGGCCCUUGUGCUUUGGAGUACACCAAAGUUAAGACUGCAGACCAUUUCUGGACAGACCCGUCUGCUGACGAGCUUGUGCAGCGGCAUCGCAUCCACAGUGGCCACUGUCGGCAGGAUUCACCCUCCAGACGGCCUGCCUUGAUCCAGAAGAGACAGUCCAGUGGUAGCAUGGAUGAUCGCCCUCUCAUGUGGGUGAGGGACUAUGUUGAAUCACUGCACCAAAACUCCAGAGCCACACUUCUGUUUGGAAAGAACAAUGUCCUGGUGCAGCCGAGAGAUGACAUGGAGGCCAUCCCAGGCUACCUUUCUCUUCAUCAAACUGCAGACCUCAUGACACUGAAAUGGACGCCCAAUCAGCUGAUGAAUGGCAAUGUGGGGGAGCUAGAUUCUGAGAAAAGUGUGUAUUGGGAUUAUGCUAUGACAAUUCGUUUGGAGGAGAUUGUGUAUCUCCACUGUCAUCAGCAAGUAAACAGUGGCGGGACAGUAGUUUUAGUGAGCCAGGAUGGGAUCCAGAGACCUCCUCUACAUUUCCCCAAAGGAGGCCACCUUCUCCAGUUUCUCACCUGCCUGGAGACUGGCCUACUACCUCAUGGACAGCUGGACCCACCACUAUGGAAUCAGAGAGGAAAGGGAAAGGUUUUCCCCAAACUGCGAAAGAGGAGUCCACAUGGCUCAUGUGAUUCAGUAUCAGACAAGGAAGAUGAUGAAGCAACCGAUUAUGUGUUUCGAAUCCUCUUUCCUGGCAUUCAGAUGGAGUUCAUGGCCCUGGAACUGAUGGACCAGGGUGUGAACAUGUGGCAACCAACACCCAGAAAGUCCUCGUGUUCUUCCUGCUCACAGAAUGGCUCUUCUGAUGGCUCUCUGCCUAAUGGCUGUAAUCAGGAAAGGGCUCCCUUAAAACUCCUUUGUGACACCAUGAAGUACCAGAUAAUCUCCCGUGCUUUCUAUGGAUGGCUCGCAUACUGCCGUCAUCUGUCCACAGUUCGUACCCACCUUUCUGCUCUGGUCAACACCACUAUAGUUGAUCCUGAUGUGCCCAGUGAUGCCCGAGGAGGCCUAUCUGUGGAGGUCUGGGGCAGGUUCCUCAAGGACAGCUCUGCCUACGAGGAAAAGGAGAUACACAGGCUUGUGUAUUUUGGUGGUGUGGCUCCUUCACUACGCAAAGAAGUGUGGCCCUUCCUGUUGGGACACUACCAGUUCACCAUGACUGAGAAAUGCCGACUAGAGAUUGAUGAGCAGAUGCGGACCAUGUAUGAGCAGACUAUGAAGGAGUGGCAGGGUUGUGAGGCCAUUGUUCGUCAGAGGGAGAGAGAGAAACACGCUGAGGCCAUUGCCAGGUGUUCAUCUGGAGCCAGUGCGGAAAGAGGACCAGUGCAGCGGGACUCCACCAUCAGUACAGAUUCGUCUCUAAGUAGCAGUUCAGAUCAACAGAAUGCCCACUCACAAAGUGAUUCCAGCAGUAGCGCACAGGUAUUUGGAUCGGUUGAGGCAGUGAAUCAGAUUGAGACUGAACUCAGGGCUGAGGAAGGAGAAAUACAGCACACUUGUCCUCCGAAGGAUAUCACAACUGGCACUGCAGACACCCCACAGCUUCCCUCCUGCAACCCCUCAUCCCCAUCAAAUCAACAUCCCGGGCCAGAAAACAGCCCUCCUGCAACAGAGUCAGCUGUUGGAUCUACCACCUCUCAUCAGUCAGUGGAAGCAUCAGAAGUCUUAAAUGAGAAAACCACAACUGAGCCAGGAGGGGAGGAUGUAAUUCAUCCAGUAGCAAAGGACAAGGAUUCAGAGACAAAGAUGGAAACAGUUUCAGAAAGUGAGGUGGUUAAGGACUGUGAAAUCACUAAGUCACAAGAGACAUCUGAACCUGACAAAAAACCUGAAGUAGAAGAAAACGAUAUAACAACAAAUGAGCAAUCUGCAUAUUUAAAAGCAGUAGACACAAAUAUGAAUUUAAGAUCUGUUCCAGAGAAAACUAAUGUUCUAAAGCUAGAAACAGAGAUUCAUAACGAAUAUUUCCAAGCACCUCCACUUGGGCAGACCUUGACUUUUCAAGCACACAAGAGCAAAUCUGAUCUGGAAGUGGAGCCAGUAUGUCCACCCACAGCCGGAAAAGAUACUAAUUCACCAAGUGAAAUAAAGCCAGAGAUUUCUGAAAAACCUGAAACAACCCAUUCACAAAUGUCAAAGGCCUGCACUACAGAGUCAGAAAGAAAGGACACUGUAGCAACCGUUUGUGACUUGGCUGAAACCAAAAAAGCUGCAGAACUUCCAUUUGAGAAACCUGGUUCAAAUUCACCCGUCAGACAAGUACUGAACGCUCUUCAGUCAGCGUCAAGGGGGAGCCUUUCAUUGUCGUCCCACUCUCGGCAGUCCCCAGACACGGCAGAUUCAGAUGACUCUCCUUCUGCCCUGGAAAUGGAGGACAUUCCUGCAGGGAUAACAUGUGUGACCUCUGAGGAAAUCAAGGCCAGGCCUUUGGCAGGUCUUGCUGCACCACCCGUCUCCUUUGCACAAAGAGAGAAAAUGGCAUCAGAAGAACUUGUCCUAGAUCACCAUCUGGACACAGCUUAUAACACCAGUCCUGAGGGCACCGACCUGGGCCUUUCUGAAGAGGAGCCUGAGAUGGAAAAUGUGCUCACUGAAACAGAGUCUGCAGAUGUGGGAGGAGACGCCAAAGACAACGAAUCCUCAGAAGAACAAACUUAUUCUCGAGAAACACUGGACAUGUACUUGAUCAAUUUACAUCGCAUUGACAAAGAUGUCAGACGUUGUGACAGAGCAUAUUGGUACUUCACUCCUGAGAACCUGGACAAGCUGCGUAACAUCAUGUACAGUUACGUGUGGCAGCAUUUAGAUACAGGUUACGUCCAGGGCAUGUGUGAUCUGCUGGCCCCCCUACUGGUUAUUCUGGACGACGAGGUCAUGGCAUUUAGCUGCUUCACUGAACUGAUGAAGAGGAUGAACCAGAAUUUUCCUCAUGGAGGUGCCAUGGACUCUCACUUUGCCAAUAUGCGUUCUCUUAUCCAGAUCCUGGACUCUGAGCUAUUUGAACUGAUGCAGCAGAAUGGAGAUUAUACUCACUUCUACUUCUGUUAUCGUUGGUUUCUGCUUGACUUCAAAAGAGAAAUGGUGUACGAUGAUGUGUUCUCCUUGUGGGAAACGAUCUGGGCAGCCAAGUACACUUCCUCUGAGCACUUUGUGCUCUUCGUUGCUCUGGCACUUGUGGAGAUGUAUAGAGAUAUCAUCCUAGAAAAUAACAUGGACUUCACAGACAUCAUCAAGUUCUUUAAUGAAAUGGCAGAGCGACACAACGUCCCGCAGGUCCUGAUGAUGGCUCGAGACUUGGUCCACAAAGUGCAGACACUCAUAGAAAACAAGUGAUGCAGGAUGCUGCUGUUCUGCCGCUGCUGCUCUCAUAUUUCUCUGUGCUAAAUUGUUUCAAGAUACUGACACAACCACAUAAUAGUCAUUUAUUCAGGAGGACAGGAAUCAAUGUUAAUUAAAAGCAGUGAUUGGUAAUUACUGAAAAGACAACUGGUCAUUAAAACUGCUAGUUAUUCUAAGAUAGUUGUGUAACAACUUCUUUCCGGUUGCUCCUCUCUGUAUUCGGGAGAUGCAACUAUUGCCAGUCAAUUUAUUUUGAAGGUGUUAUUGUUCACCUAGUGAAUGUACCCUUGUUGAAACUGCUUCAGGAUGUUAUUUAUUUUGCCUUAAAUUUUGCUAUUUUUUCAGGGAUGUUAAAGCAACCAAAUUCUUCACUGUAUUGUUACAUAUUCUACCAGGUUAAUUUUGUUCAGUUACUCCUACUAUACAUAUUGUGACACACUUGAAUAUAUUUUCAGUAUUAUUAUUUCGCUGAAAUUGUAGCUACCACGAUUACACAUCUUGUGAUGCACUUGAAUAUAUUUUCAGUAAUAAUAUCUGGCAUUAUUAGAUGAUUUGGUACAUUAGAGGAGGUUUUGUCCUAAGUAGCAUGUGUGGCUUGCUUCUUAAUAGCCAUUUUGAGGACCAUUUACUGUCUUCUCUGAGGCUUGUGGCCCCCUUCCUGUGUUUGCCUCUGGUGCACACAAGCUUGCAGGAUAUCCAGGCCGAACCUGUCAACUCUGUGCAUGAUUGCACAUAGUUUGCAUAUACCAUAUCAUCCUUUCCUUUGGUACCCAACCAAGUUCUCAUACUGUGUGCUCCUUCUAUCUCUGACCUCCUCUUUGCAUUGAUAAAGGUGUGAUUUAGUCUGCUUAAUUUCAUCCUUUGCCCCCUCUGCUGGGUUUUAUGUCGGUGCAUACCAAUGCUUCUCUGGAAGCAGCUCGUCCAAAUGGUUAAUGCAGUACAUUCUUCUUUCCUUAAAUAACACAAUGCUGCUCAGGCUGAAGAAUUAAGCUGCUGGGUCUCACGACAUUAAGACAGUACAGUGCUAACAGAUUCUACUUCCUUGCAGCAUUGGUAAACUCACAGGGGAGUGCAGUGAAAGCAGCAUGCUUCCUUUGCACGUCCCUCUUUCACUGUCACCUUGAAAUCAGUUUGAUGGUUUUCUGCCUCCGUCUUGCCCGGCCAAUCUCGGUUGCCUUGUCUUUGACACACAAGUUAAUUGUUUUUAUAUGGCCAAACUUUUGGCAGCAAGUCUUACAAUAAUUGUUGAUAUUUUCUGGAGUAUUGUGUGCAUUUCUCUUCAUUAUUUCCUCAAGAUUCCCAUGUUCAAACUAGUUGAAAAGAAGCUCUGUUUUCCAACCACUUAACCUCUCAUUUAAGCCAGUAUCACAUUCAUGGAUUCAAUCUGGUUCGUCCUAUUUCUUAUUGGACACCUUUCCUUACUUAUAUUUUCUUUCCUGUAAAGCUAGUGUGUACCUCCUUCCUUCAUUCAUUUGAAAGAGCAGUCACUUUGUGCUCAGCCUGCUAAAUUUUAUCUGGUGCCCUCCGGGACCUUGGGGGACACUUUCUUUUUGCCCAGAUAUACUACUGCACACCUCUUAGCUCAAACUAUUUACAUGGCUAAAUACCAGCAUAAAUUGUAUGUCAGAAAAUGUGAUUUAUCGGUGCCACACGCAAAAUAGCCAAAACACACCCAUGUUCGGUUCACUGUGGCUUAAAUUCCAGUAUUCCAGUGUUUUGAUAUCACUGCUAAUGUGUCUCCAUAUGAUCUUCUAAAAAAAAUUAUCUAAAGUAUUGCUGUGUGUGUAUUGCUGUUUGUUGUCAGAAGAUUAACUGUAUACAAUGUGUUACAGUAAAGAAACUAAGCUAGUACAUAUUUAUUAAAUGCAAUACAAUGUCUGUAUAUGGGCUUUAUCUGAUUAUAAUGAACUGAAAGAUAAAAAUAUGCCAUUGGAAAUAUAUUUUUAUUUUUUUCUGUCUUCUCAAAUUGU